AUGGAACCUGUAGCACAGACUAAAGAAUCCCUACCUCAAUCGCCCCCCAAAGCAGAACCUUCGUCACCCCCAGGUCCAACAUUCCCUUAUUCCAAUCGGUCGAUUCGGAGCACCAACCCAAGCCGCGACCAUCUAGCACAUUAUUCAACACUCAGUACUAACUGGGAUGCCCAGACCAUCAAAGCCUUGUCCGACAUUUCGAGAAUGCAGAGCCCGCAAGGGAGUUGCAUCAAUCUUAUACCUCGACGCCAUCAUACAGAUGGAUCCCCUUCAGAUUUAGACUCGGGGGCAACAACUCCAGUAUUCAACGGGAAGAGUCACAUCGAAAGCCUAAAUAACAAAAUACACGAGAAGAUACACCCGGAACCACCAUACCAUGUCUUCACACACAAGAAGAAGAAGAUGCUUAUGUAUCUUGCUGCCACCGCUGGCAUGUUUUCAUCGCUUUCGGCCAACAUAUACUUCCCUGCUCUCGGCCAAAUAUCAAGGGAUAUCAACGUCGGUCUGCCAUUACUCAGUCUUACCAUAACCGUAUAUAUGGUUGCGCAGGCAUUUGCACCGUCAUUUUGGGGCCCGCUAUCAGAUACCCAAGGGAGACGAAUUACAUUCAUAGGAACAUUCGGGGUAUAUAUCAUCGCCAACUUAGGCCUUGCUCUCAGCACUGGCUUUGUGCCCCUGAUGGUACUCCGUGCCAUGCAAGCAGCCGGAAGUGCUGCCACUAUAUCAAUUGGUCAGGGGCUAAUAGGUGACAUCGCUACCCCCAAAGAACGCGGGUCAUUUACAGGAACUAAUCAGGGAAUCCGUAUGUUUGGACAGGCAAUCGGCCCCGUUUUCGGCGGAAUCAUCGCCCAGUACCUUGGCUACCAUGCCAUAUUCUGGGUCCUCUUCGGAGGGGGCAUCUUCGCUCUCACCAUCCUUGUUGUCUUCCUGCCGGAGACCCUCCGAUCCAUCGCUAGCAACGGCACUGUCUGCUUAAAGGGCAUCCAUAGACCAAUAUACUACAAGUUCACCCAGUCGGAGGAGCAUCUCGUUGAGCGAGAAAUACCCACAAAGAAGAGAUUGACGUCGUCCAUGGCUUUCGGACCAUUUAUGCUUCUACUCGAAAAGGACGUGUUUAGCGUUAUCUUCUUUGGCUCGAUCGUUUACGCAGUAUGGAGCAUGGUGACCUCCAGCACCACAGCGCUCUUCCAAGACCGCUUCAACCUCUCGGACCUUCAAGUCGGCCUAGUCUUCCUCCCUAACGGUAUCGCAUCCAUGCUCGGCUCCUACCUCACUGGAGAACUUUCGAAGCAUGACUGGGCUGUGAUGGAAGCCCAAUACCGAGUGGCCAAAGACAUCCCUGAUUCACACCCUCUCAAUAAGAAGGAGCUCGUCGACUUUCCCUUCGCCCAGGCUCGCAUGCGUUCUAUUUGGUGGAUGGUCCUCAUCUUCAUCAUCUCCACCGCGCUGUACGGCUUCUCGCUCAAUUUCAACGUCAUCGCCGUUCCCCUUAUCCUUCAGUUUUUAAUCUCAUACACCGCCAACUCAAUAUUCGCUCUCAAUUCCACACUCGUCGUUGACCUCUUUCCGCAAGCCUCGGCCAGCGCCACCGCAGUCAAUAACCUUGUGCGCUGUCUUAUGGGCGCCGGCGGUGUCGCCGUAGUGCAGCUCAUGGUUGAUAGCAUCGCCUCCGGUCCAACAUUCGCGAUCUGGGCUGCUGUCGCUGCUGUUCUGACCCCACUUCUUGUGAUCCAGUGGCGAAAUGGCCAGCGGUGGCAAAUAGAACGCAAAGACCGCAUCGCUGCUCGUGAGGCACGGAGGGGAGACCCAGAGAAGACCAGGACCUAAAGGCAUUAAGAAGCCCUCUUGGCAUCUCUUUCUUUGUUCAUUUCAUAUAUAUUUUUCUGCGUUGUCUCACACUCGAGUUUGUUUUGCGAGCCGGUCUCGUCGUCGUUUGAAUAUUUUUAUAGGUUGGAAAAGAUGGUUCUUUCAUGUUCUUGGUUUGCGUCGCAAGUCGUCUCUUUUUAGAUUUGUUCUUGGGUUGAGCAGGUUGACCUCGUCAACACAGGGUAUCCUAGUUGACUUCAAUUUGGUGUUCAAAAAUGGAUAGUAGAC